CCGCUGGCGUCUUUGGUGUCCCCCGCACCACCAACCCCGAAAGUCUCCUUGCUCCACCUUUUUUACCUCGCUUUUACCUCCAUGUCCCCCCCUCGUUCUUGUUGUCCCUCAAACGCCAACAUAAAGAUAUAUUGAAGUCUGAAAUUGUUUCAUGAUCUUGGUGUUAGUUGCUUUACUGUGAAAACCAACCUAAAACACCUCAGAACAGCCCUUGAAUUACCCGGACUCAGGACUUUAGCUGGGUCGUCUCGUGACUUUGUUGUCUUCUUUCCUUCAUAUUUUCUUCUUCUCCUCCUCCAUCUUUUUCUUCCCUGUUUUCCGUCACCAUCCGUUUUGUGUGUCCCUUAACGUCGCCCGAAGACGGCAUCGACUGUGGAGCUGUACUACAAUCAAGACUUGACGUGUUACUACCAAAACGAUAGCCGCUUCACUUGUACGAUGGCUACAGUAGACAGCAAAGGUUUGCCGCACGAUGCCCCGUCCGUCACUCUCACGAUCCGCCUGCUCAUGGCCGGCAAGGAAGUCGGAAGUAUCAUUGGCAAGAAAGGCGAGAUCGUCAAACGUUUUCGAGAAGAGUCUGGUGCCCGCAUCAACAUUUCGGAUGGAUCCUGUCCCGAACGGAUCGUUACCAUUACCGGCACGACUGAUGCCAUCUUUAAGGCCUUCAAUCUCAUUUGCAAGAAACUGGAAGAGGAAGUCGGUGGUCCAUUGGCAGGAACUGCCAUCCCAAGACCACCCAUAACGCUUCGUUUGAUCAUGCCAGCAUCCCAGUGCGGUUCCUUGAUUGGCAAAGGCGGUUCAAAGAUAAAAGAAAUUCGAGAAAUCACCGGCGCCUCGGUGGUGGUCGCAUCGGAAAUGCUUCCCAAUUCGACCGAAAGAGCUGUGACGGUGUCUGGAACAAGCGACGCCAUCACUCAAUGCAUCUACCACAUUUGCUGCGUUAUGCUCGAGUCUCCGCCGAAGGGAGCUACCAUUCCGUACCGCCCCAAACCUCAGGUCGGCGGACCCGUUAUUCUGGCUGGAGGUCAGGCCUACACGAUCCAGGGCAAUUACGCGGUUCCAGCAACGCCCGAUAUGAACAAAUUGUCCGGCAACCCAUUGGCCAACUUGGCGGCCCUUGGUCUCGGCGGGUUGACUGGCGCAGGUGGCGGUGGUUCGAUGAACGCUUCAGCUCUUGCAGCGCUUGCUGGUAGUCAACUUCGGUCUGGAGGAGGAGGAAAUCAGUCUGGUGCGCCUCAGCAGUCUCAAGAAAUGGCUGUACCUAACGAACUUAUCGGAUGCAUCAUAGGCAAAGGAGGCACUAAAAUUGCCGAAAUUCGGCAAAUCAGUGGCGCCAUGAUUCGCAUAUCCAAUUGCGAAGAUCGGGAGAGCAGCUCAGAGCGGACCAUCACCAUCACUGGCACGGCGGAAUCAGUAGCUUUGGCGCAGUAUCUCAUCAAUACCAGGUUGGCCAUGGAGACCGCAGCCAUGGGUAUGAUGGGCUACCCGUUUUUGGCGCCGAGUCCCAUUAUGAAAGCCACGAUUCAUUGACCACUAACAGGCCACUUUUGCUGCUUCGAAUGACGGAAUGAAAAAAGAACGGACAGAUAGGAAAACAAAAAAGAAACAAAACGGUGUGUGAUCGUCAACAAGGAUGGAAGGUACACCACACGCAGAGAGAAGGAAGGCAGCAGAAGUGACAUCUCAUCGAAGAGUGGCUGAGUGCAACACAAAAAAAACAAAUAUUAAGUCGAUGGAAGAGUCGAGUUAAAAACACAAAAGAAAAGGAACGAAAGAAAUUGCGAGUUGAUGGUGUACAAGGACGGCUAUCGGAAUCGUUUCAGCCUACGUAAACGCAAGCGGAUUUGUUGCGAGAUUGAUAAAGAGGAAACAUUUAUGCCAGGAUCUCCACGAUGAAAUCAUGAUUAUUACGUGUUUGGUGAUUAUUACAAAUGACAAUACUAAACUAAGAAUAAGGAAAAUAAUAAUAGGACAAUAGGAAGACCGUUUUGCCAGAUCAUGUGCAUCCCAUUUGCCCGUCCCUUUUUCGAUAUCGCUAUACCCUCGGCCCUUACGAUCCAUCAAACUUUUUCUUUGUUUUUAACUUUUAAAACAAAUCUUUUCGUAUCUUCUUUUGCUCUUGUUUCUACCAACCGGAAAACAACAAAUCUCUCUCUCUUUCUCUCUCUCUCUCUUUGGCCGACUUAUUUAGGACAAAAGCAAUCGACUCGAAUACCCUCCCUUUCGCUCCCAGUUUCAUGUUUUAUCAUGCAACUACAAUAUUGUUUGCGUGCGCUCCCGUGUCUGUUACUCGUCCGUUUUGUUCUUCUUUUUCCACGUUCUAUUCUUUUUUCUUUCCCGCAGUUCCCCGCCCUUUUCAAAAAAUCAUUUCUUUUUCACCCUUCCUCCCUCGACUACACACAAACACACACACACACACACUUAAAACCCAACACGUCUAUUUUGUGGUUUCAAAAUUGUCUUUAAAAAAAAAACUUGUGCAUCGUCGCGUCAGCGUUAGGUCGCACGUGUGUGUGUGAGAGGCAAUAAGUCUUAGCUCAAGUAUCAAAGCUAGUUACAAUUUAAAAGUUAAAAGAAAAGAUUAAUAAGAAAUCACACCGAACGCUUCUUGGUUCAGGAAAAAGUUUUGUCGGGGCUUUUUCUAGUCAAACGCGAAAUUUGCGCCGUCGAAACCGUUUUGUUUUUGUUUUGUUUUUUUUUUUGCUCAUUUGUUUACAAUUUUGCUUCUUUUUUUUUCUGCUCCAAAAUUAAUCGGGUCGUUAUACAUUUCUUGAUUGACUUGGAAAUUUUUAAAAAAACUAAGAUAUCAGUUCAAAACAUUGUCGGUUGUUUUGUGAUCGUCAGUCCGCCGUGUCUUGCGGCGUCCUAGACGAAAACAAGAUUCGAUUUCAGUGCAAGGGAAUAUCACUUUAUAUACCAUUCCCAACAAAUGGUCAUUUAUCAGGUACAAGUUUUCAUGGGCAUUAGCCAAAGACGUGUGCCAAAGUUAAAGAAAUAAGACAAGAAGUAGGGGAAAUUUCUUAGGACAUUAUAUACGUUUUGUCAGUCGAUUUAAAACUACCACCACUUAUCUUUUCAUUCUACCCUUACCCCGAAAACCUCACAGUUACCGUAAUCUUAAGUUGUCAUUUCAUUUUUUUCCCCUUCUUAUUCUUUUUUUUUUUUUUUCCUCCGUUUUACCCCAGAGAAAAUUAUUAUUGUAAUCCUGUGUUCGUCUUUUUUUUUCUUCUUUUUCUUUGAAUAAUUGCAAAAAAAAAAAAAAUUUUUUUGUUCGUUUUUCGUUUUGGAACAACCGACCAGCUCAGUUGAGACCAGUUCCAAUAAAACCAAACAAAAUGUGCAAAGAACGUUUCAGUCGUAGAAGACGUUAAGUGUUGAUAGAGAAAACAAAAAAUAAUUAAUAAUAAUUUCUGGGAUAUAGAAAGAUGAGCAACACUUGAUUGCCCAUGCCGACUGUAUAACGCGCCCGGUUUAUUGAAAGGGCAGUACGUGUGUGUGUGUUUGAUUGAUUUAUUUUUUUCUGUUGUGUUGAAAAAAAAAUAACGUUUUUUGUUUUCCUCUUUCGUCUUAAUCAAACAACAAAAAAAAACUUAAAAAAAAAUACUUCGUGCUUUUGUGCGUGUUUUUUUUUUCUUCUCCCAAAUAUCAUCCUGUCUUAUUGUCUAUAGUUGAUAGAUCAAUUGUCAUUGAGAGUUGUGACAUUAUUUUCUCUCUUUCUCUUUUUUUUUUUAUGAGAGUGUGUGUGUGUGUGUGAAAAGCCUUACACGAACAGGGUGAAACCAAGACAAAAAAAAAAAAUGCAAAAUUUUUCAAACAACCUCCCCAAAGAAAAAUUAUUAGGAUACAGGAAAUUUUAAAUUGUAUUCCCUACAUUGAAAAAAAAAAAACUGAACAGUCAAACAAAUAAUACUGGGAGGUGGGAGGACUUAAUUCACGAACAAAAAAAAAAAAAAAAAAAGGGUGACGGUUAUUUCUGGACAGAAAUUUCUGACGCUUUGUUGUGCAUGUUUGUGUGUAUAUAAUAUAUACGACUUCCUGACCACACUGUUCCCAGUCAUUCAGCCCCACCUUUUCGGGUUUCUGUAUUUAUUUAGAAAUUUUGUCUUUGGCCUGGUCAGAUUUAAUGAAGAAAAGCAGUUCAUCCAAUUGGUACAAGACGAGGGAACAAAUUAAGAUCAUCGUGUGAACAGUAUACCUCGUCAUCUUUGCAAUUAGUUUCGUUCUCCACCUUCGCAUUGACAUCCGUUAUUCAUUCGUUCACGGAAAAACUUGCAUUUCUUCUUGUCGUUGACCCGCACGUUACCCGCAAAACUUCGCAAUUUCAAAUGGGGAAACUAUAUCAUUAAUUAACGGCGUCUCCCACGUGAUGCACGCGCAUAUCGUAGUGAAAAGACAUUGCGUUCACAUGGACAAUCAUUAAGGCUAAUUAAAGUUUCACUUUCGUUUGUUAUUUUGCGACUUCAGUUCUAGCUCUUUUUUUUUUUUUUUUUGUUCUUCGUUGUCUGAUAUUAUAACAAUCUUGUUUUUGUGCUUGAACGUCAGCUCAUUUCCUCUUGAAAAGUGGAAGGCUUCGUUCGCUCUUUUACGCAUUGCUUUUUCGUGUAGAAUAUGAUGACUUCACCUAGAUUUUGUUUGGUUUUUUCAAAGCAAUUUUUCUUGUCCAAAGUUAAACAAAAAAAAAUUAAGAAGAUAUUCGUCGCGGAGAUGAAGGAUGUAACAUUUGAAUGAGGAUUUAAAGUAAACAGGAAGAUGCAGGUUAAACAAACAAAGCUAUAAUAUUAGCCGGUCAAAAUUGAUUGCUCAGAAAAAUGGAACAAAGGCAAAAAUGCGGAAUAUCUUGUGAAGUCUUUCGCGCACUGACAUAUCCUCCACACACAGCUGUGUCUUUGUUCAUUAUACACACACACACACACACACACACCACCUGAGUAGAGAAAAAAACAAAACAAGGCUUCUUAUUCUCCCGUUUAACUUUUGAGUUGUAUCACAUUUCAAACACUCGCACGGUAAACGUUUCUUUGCAGGGAAUAUGAUAAAAUAUCAAUUUUUUGCUGCGGUUCACCUGUCUGCCCAUCCCCUGUCAAUUCCUGCAGUUGCAUGAUUUUUUUUUUUUUUUCGAAACAUAAAUUAUUCUCUUAUUUUCUCCAGUCUAGCAAUGGUUGAGAUUGAAUUUUCAGCGUUUUGUUUUUCUUUCGUGUGAAAUUAAAAUAAUUAUCAUUAGUGUCAGUUUUAUUAGAUUCACAUUCUUGUUUUUGGUUUCUUGUUGUAAAGAAGAAGAAAAAAAUUCUUUGUUGAGGAUACAUUUAAUCCCCAUCCACCCCCUUCCCAAACAGUUAAAAUUGGAAAAAAAAAAACAAUUAAUAAUAAGCAACAUCAACACCUCUUGGGGAAAAGAAGAAGAAAUUUAGUGCAAUCUUCUUUUUUAUUUUCUUGAUAUCUGAGUGUAUUUUGUAAAUUUAAUUGUCACACAUAUGCUGAUGACAGACACUCGAAAAUCAUAUAUUGGAUUGUUUAAUUUUCUUCUCGUGGAGUUUCUAUAUAAACAUUUUGUUAUUACAAAUACACAUCGUGCGCUGUGAAA